AUGCCCUAUAUCCUAGACAAUUCAACUCGUACUAACACUAAUUUACGAAUGGCAGAAAGUUCAGAUAUAUCCAAUUGGAAUUGUACUUUGACAACAGACUGUCAACCGACCAAUCUAGUUGGCCUAUUCCUCAUUUUAUUCAUCGUCGUAGUAAGCUUAGUUGGUAAUUUUACAGCUAUAUACUACACAAGAAAGAAUGCAAAUACCAUUGUGCAAACACUGUUAUUCCAUGUCCUAGCUUGUACAGAUGUAUUAACAUCACUGUUGACGUCGCCACUUGUCAUUGCUUCCUACCUAAGUGGUAGAUGGGUUGGUGGACAAUUUGGUUGUAAAUAUGAAUGUUGGGCGAUCAACGCUUGUGGCUGUUUUGCUGGUGUUGUAAUAGUGGUUAUUGCUAUUGAGCGAUGGAUAGCGCUAACACAACCAUAUGAAUAUGAAAAAAUCGUGACUAUCCCCAAAAUGAAGAAAGCCCUAAUCGCUUUAGGCUUUAUAUAUGGCACGUUUUUCAUAUCACCUACGCUAGGCUUUGGUCAUGUUAGAAUUUUCGAGCCAGGAACUUAUUGUAAUAUUGACUGGUUCGCUACUCAGACAGAAGAUCGUGUUUUUGCUGCGUUCUGUAUUGGCAUCAUAUUAUCGUGCGUGGUUAUUGUUAUCGCUUGUAACAUACACGUAAUAAUUAUUCUCAAUAGACUCAGAUUACAACGCAGAAAGUUAGAAAUUAGUAGUACUGCAGCGGCUGAAAGGAAAUUAAAACGAUCAGAUUCAGAAACAUCCAUGGCUAAAAUAAUGAUUAUCAUUACCAUUUGUUACUGCAUAUGUUGGCUACCAGUUGCGAUAAGAUAUAUCUACAACCAAUCUGGAUUGCCAGCUGAUCCUGCUGCAGAUACAACAGCUUUUCGAUUAGCAACUUUUAAUGUUGUUUUCAAUCCAAUCAUUCUUUUGGCAUUGAAGAAAGAAUUUCGAGUGAGACUUCACGAUGGCGCAUGUGUCGAUGAUCACACGAGAGCCUCUUUCCAACGCAUGAAGCAGCCCUGCAUUUGUUUACUUGAUGAAGAUUAA